UGUUCUGUCAGAGCUCGAUCAGACCGGCUGCUCGAGUGGACGCGCUUCUCCUACAGAAAGACUCCUACUAGAGAUACCCGUGACACACGCUUUUUGCCUGUUGUCGCGUCUUUUCCUCGAUCCGAACCAACAAACUCUGAAUUUACAUUAAAUAUGUCGAAUAUCAUCCGUGCUCACACCCCUAAGGUUAUAAUGUACGACCAUCAAAGAAUAAGUACAGCUCUAUAGCCAACGGGAUCCAGAGGACUUGAUUACAGUCGCUUCAAGCCUGAUAGUUUGUUCGUGCGGCUGUUCACCCCUCUCCCCGCUGCUCACGUCUGCACCUGGCAUUUCUUCUGACAACUUCCCCAUCCCUCGUUGGGCGAAGGAGACUUAGCUCCACCGGGGUCUCAGUCUGCUUUUCCCAUUCCUUCCAUUUGGUUCCCGUUCUACUCUCAGCAGUGCUGCUUUCUCAGAUCUGCAUUAUUCUCCAUUAGGCAUACCAUCAAAAUUAACCAAGAUGAUUCCAAACGGUUAUCUGAUCUUUGAGGAUGAGAGUUUCCUGGAUUCCACUGUGGCCAAAAUGAAUGCUCUGAGAAAGAGUGGUCAGUUCUGUGAUGUUAGACUGCAGGUGUGUGGUCAUGAGCUGAUGGCUCACCGAGCUGUCCUGGCUUGCUGCAGUCCCUACUUGUUUGAGAUCUUUAACAGUGACAUCGAGCCUCACGGAGUCUCACAUGUCACUUUUGAGGACUUGGUCCCGGAGGCUGUGGAGAUCCUGCUCAACUACGCCUACACCGCCCAGCUGAAGGCGGAUAAGGAGCUGGUAAAGGAUGUAUACUCAGCAGCCAAACGGUUCAAGAUGGAGCGAGUCAAGCAGAUUUGUGGCGACUACCUGCUGUCUAAAAUGGAUUGCCAGAAUGCCAUCUCUUUUCGGAACUUUGCCAACUCCAUGGGGGAUUCCAGACUUUUGGCCAAAGUGGACGCUUUCAUCCAAGACCAUCUACUGGACGUGUCUGAAGAAGAGGACUUCCUUAAACUUCCCCGUCUCAAGUUAGAAGUAAUGCUAGAAGACAACCUGACCCUGCCCAGCAAUGGCAAGCUCUACUCCAAGGUACUCAACUGGGUGCAGCGCAGCAUCUGGGAGAACGGCGACCAGCUGGAGCGACUGAUGGAGGAGGUGCAAACACUCUACUACUCACCUGACCAUAAGCUGGUGGAUGGAGGGCUGAUGAUUGAUGGGCACAGUGAGGUGUUUGGUGGCGAGGAAGACCACCUUCAGUUUGUGCAGAAGAAACCAGUGCGGGAGAGCACCCAGAGACAGCUGAGCUGCAGCUCUUCAGGAAGCCUGUCCCCCUCCAACCAAACAGCAAAUGCCUCAAAACAGACCGCCAGGAGAGAUUGGAAGUACAUUGCCUCCGAGAAGACCACAAACAACAACUAUCUGUGUCUGGCUGUGCUGGAUGGAGUGCUGUGUGUGAUCUUCCUGCACGGCCGCAGCAGCCCUCAGACGUCCCCCUCUGCCACCCCCUGCCUGAUGAAGAGCCUCAGCUUCGAGGCCCAGCCCCAGGAGCUGGAGGAGCACCCCCUCUCCCCCAUGCAUUACGCUCGCUCCGGCCUGGGGACUGCAGCCUUAACCGGGAGACUGAUCGCAGCAGGCGGCUACAACAGAGAGGAGUGUCUGAGGACUGUGGAGUGUUACGACACCAAGGAGGACCGCUGGACGUUCAUCGCACCUAUGCGGACUCCCAGGGCUCGCUUCCAGAUGGCUGUCCUCAUGGGUCAGCUGUAUGUGAUCGGAGGAUCAAACGGACAUUCUGACGAGCUGAGUUGCGGAGAGACGUACAAUCCACGUACUGACGAGUGGGCGCAGGUGCCAGAGCUGAGGACGAACCGCUGCAACGCAGGCGUCUGCUCCUUGAACAACAAACUGUACGUUGUGGGAGGGUCGGAUCCCUGCGGGCAGAAGGGCCUGAAGAACUGUGACGCUUUUGACCCUGUGGCCAAGACCUGGGCCAACUGUGCCUCCCUCAACAUCAGGAGGCACCAGGCAGCGGUGUGUGAGCUGGACGGCUUCAUGUACGUGAUCGGAGGGGCAGAAUCGUGGAACUGCCUGAACACUGUGGAACGCUACAACCCUGAGAACAACACCUGGACCCUGAUAGCCCCCAUGAACGUGGCUCGGAGGGGGGCCGCUGUCGCCGUCCAUGCAGGCAAACUGUUUGUCAUCGGUGGCUUCGACGGCUCCCACGCCCUCCGCUGUGUGGAGGCGUACGACCCCGCUCGGAACGAGUGGAAGAUGUUGGGAAGCAUGACAUCAUCACGCAGCAACGCAGGCGUCGCCGUGUUGGGUGACAGCAUCUACGCGGUGGGCGGCUUCGACGGGAACGAGUUCCUCAACACGGUGGAGGUGUACAACCCCGACAUGGACGAGUGGAACGACUGCAUCAACGCUCCGUCGCCCGUCUCCGACUGAAGAGGGAGAGAGAGCGGGAGCGGCGAGCGGCGAGGAACAGGGUUUCAGAGUCUCACAGUGCUUCACCUUUUUUCCCCCAAACUAACAGGCUUAGUGACGUAAUCGUGUUUUUGUGAUGUUCCGUGUGUCUGAACGGGUACGUGUGGGUGGGGAUGCUGAGCUGAGGGGUCUUCAGUGAAGACCGGCUUAAUCAGGUGGGGAGGGGGGGGGGGGUGGAAGGAUUGUUGCCCAAAGCAACACAUAACGCCUUUGCAUAUUGCAUACAAUUUUCUUUUUCCUUCCGUUUUGUGCUGUAUAUAUUGUUUCCUCCUCAUUUUUGUCAAAUGCCAACAUUUACUACACAUUUAGUGCUUUUUCUUUUUCUCUCAAGAGUUUCAGAGUUAGUCACUUGGAAGGUUUUCAUAUGAGCUCUUAAAAGCUGUCCCAUAAAACUGAGGCGGCGAUGGAGUGGUGUUUGAGUUCUGGGAGUUUCAAUUUUAUUAAGAAAACAACUUGUGGAAAUGUAAUUUAGCUCAUAUUUUAAAGGUCAGUGGUUUGAAGCCUUACUCAGUGUGCGAGUGGAUCAACACCUGUCACGGCUUUUUGUGUCAUUUUAAACGAGCUGAAUUGCUUUUUGAAUCUUAAAUGAUGGCCUUUUUUUAUAUUUUUUAUACACUGCUGAUUUACCAGUAAAAUUUAAAAAAAAGUAGCAGACAGCUUAAGUCAGUGAAUCUAACCAGUGCCAGAUUUAGGUUUUUGUUUUUGUUUUUGUUUUUGUGAACACACACGAAACGCACAGUCAUGCUUUUGCUAACCAAAUUUGUGUUAUUGCAAUUUAAUAAUUGGUGUAUGUAGAAAUGCAGUUGACUGAAGAUCCUUUUCUUUUUUUAAGUGUUAGGCAUUGGCAGAUUCUUCUGGGAGGAAUGUUAGAGCAAGAAAAUGAUCACAUUUGUAACAUUUCUUUAUUAAUAAAUCACUUAAAUGAGA